GCGCUCACAUACCACACUCGAUGUUCGAGCCUCUUUUUGUCAUUUAAAAGUUGGAAGCUCGCCUGUGUUUUGGUCUCUGACGCGCAGGGCCGCUGUGAGCAGAUCUUCGUGAAUAUUCAUGAGCUAAGGACCGCCUCUUCCCUCCCCGGACCACCCGCCUCCUGUGGUGUGUGGCUGGCGGAGAGAGUCCGUGCCCAGGGUGUGGAUCAUAACCGGGGAGAGCUUUUCAAACCCGGUGGAGGAGGAAAAAAAAAAAAAAAAGAGGCGGAAAGAACACGGACUAUGUGUUAAAGUGUCGGAGAACGUGCAGGGACCGAGCGAGACCGCGCAGAAGACACGGGGAGGGGGGCAGCGAGGAGAGUGAAAAGGGGCGCGAAGGUGGAAGACGAAGGCUGCCUAGCAGGACGCGGGUUCCGGCGAGCGGAGCUUCGGAGAGGCCCGAACGGUGCAGAUUGCUGCAGACUCAACCAUACCCAGUAAGAUCGCAGCUCUUCGGCGACGCAGGAGCCUGACGAGGACCAGGGACGUGAACGUGGUGGUGGUGGUGGCGGCGCGGAUUUGGUGUCCUCUUCCGUAUGGGAGAAGGAGAAGCAGGAGACGCUGAAACUGAAGCCGGAGAUCGCCGAGGCCGCGACGCAGCAGGCGCUUUCCUGGAUGGAGUGUGUUCGCUUUUCAUUGUUCAUAUUGGCAUAUUCUAAAGCUGCACCCUGAUCGAAAAGUCUCAGCUGGCCGUGGAUUGCUUUAAUUUGGGAAUGGAACCUAACGAAUGAAAGGAGACGUGCGGGAUUUCGUAUCGGACACACGCGAGUCCUUUUCGCAUGACGACAAGAUUGAGCUCAUGGAUGUUAUGGACUGGAACCACCGCCCGUGCAUUAACGAAAUAAAAUAAUUAUUGUUUUUCAAGUUGUGCCUAGAAUCGCCUGUCGUGUUUCUGUCCGGUUCCUGCUUCUUUCUCUAAAAGGGAGGUGAAUGUGCAAAGUCAAGAGCUGUCAUUAAAGCUACGCCAAAUCGCUGACCUUACGCAACCUGCCAGCAUUAGAGGUCACCAGUGAACAUCUGCGAUGGAGCGCGCACUUCCACGCUAGUUGACGGGGACAAAGUCCGUGGAGGUGUCCGGCGUGAGUUCCGUGAGUAGCGGUUGGUAGGCUUCAGCUGCUUUGGAACAUCCCAACCUGAAGAGUGCGUCUGUCAAAAGUGGAAAGAUUUGGAAAAACACUCGUGAGCUGCGCUUCUCUCUUCAUCGACUCCCAGAGACUGCAGUUCACUUACCAGCACCAUUUUGGAAUAUUCCGAACGCCCGGUUACUUAUUACAACUGAUGACAGUCGUGAUGGGGUAAAUCCAAUCCAGAGACCCCUGAGAAACUCCCUCCCCGCCCCCUCAAUUGUCGUUUGGCCGUCGCUCGUGAUUCCAUCCUCUUUUACCUUUGUUUACGUGGACGACACCCGGCCUCCUGGGCUCUCCCCCCCAACUGGUCAUGCUGCUCUAGUGCCGAUUGUACUGUAACUUACCUUAGCUGGGAAGAACUUCUGCCCAAGAAUUUGCUCAUUAUUUUUUAUGUUGUGCAACCAAAUGAAAGCAGAUGAUAUAUUUUUAACUUUUUUUGUAACUGAGUGAAAACAAAAUGUUGCCUGAUUUUUAUGAUGUUGCCUUAACAGAGAGAACCGAAGAGGAAAUUUACAAGUUAGCCUGCUAAAAGAAACUGAGAUUUUAAGGGAUUUUGGUGCCUUCCCCUCCUUUUUAGCUGCUGUUCAAACUCAGGAGUGCUUGGAGUAUCAAGAAAUAAUAAGACUGGGAUAUACACAUACCUAGCUUGCCUUUCCAUUUUUUUUUUCUUGUAACUUUUCCUCCCUUUGCUUUUGUCUUUACUGUUUCUCAUUAUUGAUCACACUUGACUGGAUCCUUUUCAGUUCUGAGUUGUUCACUUUGCAACGUGGAUUUUGGAUUACAGGAUAUCCUUUUAAAUAUUUAAAAUGGUGAUCACCUCAACAGUGGAGGAGGAAACCUCUGCUCAAGGAUUGUUGGCCUCCUUACAGACGGAAUGGAUAAGUUCACAAGAAUCUGGUCAUUGCCGGCCCAGACCCAAAAGACCACCGAAAACAAGUGGAAGAAGCUCAGGAUGCAAGCCCUCCUCUUCCUCCUCCUCCUCCUCCCUCUGCCAGCCUGUUGCCUUGGGCUUCUCCCCAGCUGAGCCAACCAUGUCGAGCCAGCACAGCCAUCCCACCUUCAGCCACAUUCACUCCAUGGCCGACCAACAGCAGGUGCUGUCAGACAUGACUAUUUUACAGAGGAGGAUUCCCCCAACAUUUCGUGAUCCAGCCAAUGCACCUCUUAGAAAAUUAUCUGUUGAUCUAAUAAAGACUUACAAGCACAUCAAUGAGGUGUACUACACAAAGAAAAAGAGACGUGCUCAGCAGGUGCCCCCUGAUGAUUCCAGCACCAAAAAGGAGAGGAAAGUAUACAAUGAUGGCUUUGAUGAUGACAACUAUGACUAUAUAGUCAAGAAUGGGGAAAAGUGGCUGGACCGCUAUGAGAUUGAUUCACUCAUUGGCAAAGGUUCCUUUGGGCAGGUCGUGAAGGCAUAUGAUCACCAUGAGCAAGAAUGGGUGGCUGUGAAAAUCAUCAAGAACAAGAAGGCCUUUCUGAACCAAGCUCAAAUUGAGCUGCGAUUGUUGGAGCUCAUGAACAAACAUGAUACUGAAAUGAAGUACUACAUAGUUCAUUUAAAACGGCACUUCAUGUUCCGAAACCACCUCUGCUUGGUGUUUGAGCUGCUCUCCUACAAUCUUUAUGAUCUUCUGCGCAACACCAACUUUCGCGGUGUCUCACUGAACCUGACACGCAAGUUUGCACAGCAGCUGUGUACAGCACUGCUAUUCCUAGCCACACCUGAACUCAGCAUCAUUCACUGCGACCUAAAGCCUGAAAAUAUCCUUCUGUGCAAUCCCAAACGCAGUGCCAUCAAAAUUGUUGACUUUGGCAGCUCCUGCCAGUUAGGACAAAGGAUCUAUCAAUACAUCCAAAGCAGAUUUUAUCGCUCUCCGGAGGUGCUCCUGGGAAUGCCAUAUGACCUGGCAAUUGACAUGUGGUCCCUUGGCUGUAUCUUGGUGGAAAUGCACACAGGAGAGCCCCUCUUCAGUGGCUCAAAUGAGGUUGAUCAGAUGAAUAAAAUAGUAGAAGUUUUGGGAGUUCCACCAUCUCACAUGCUCGAUCAGGCCCCUAAAGCAAGGAAGUAUUUUGACAAGCUGUCCGAUGGGCUUUGGACAGUCAAAAAGAAUAAGGACAUAAAGAAGGUACUUUAUCCGUCUCCCUCUGAGUACAAGUUACCAGCUACACGUAGGCUGCAUGAGAUACUUGGGGUGGAGACAGGAGGCCCUGGGGGUCGGAGAGCAGGGGAGCAGGGUCAUGCUCCUUGCGACUACCUGAAAUUUAAGGACCUUAUUCUGCGCAUGUUGGACUAUGACCCCAAAACGCGCAUUACACCCUUCUAUGCACUGCAGCAUAACUUCUUCAAGAAGACAACCGAUGAAGGGACAAACACUAGCAGUAGCACCUCAACAAGUCCUGCCAUGGACCACAGCCACUCUACUAGUACAACCAGUUCUGUCUCCAGUUCAGGUGGAUCUAGUGGUUCUUCCAAUGAUAACCGAAAUUAUCGGUACAGUAAUCGAUACUACAAUAGCGCUGUUACCCAUACGGAUUAUGAGAUGCAAAGUCCUCAGGCACUGACACAGCAGCAGAUGCGACUCUGGCCUGGAGGGGACGGGCCGAUCACCAACAGCGAUGCUUAUCCUCAACUGCUCCUGCACAAGACUGCCACCAACCAGCAGCCUCGCCACUACUCCAGUGUCCUCGCUGGCAGCGGAGGAGGAGGGAUCAUUGAACCCCACCACCCUCACGCCAUUUACGGUCAUCACGGUAAUGGUCGGCAACUCCAGCACCGACAACAGCAGCAGCAGCUGAUGCCGAUCUCUUCUCCGCAACUCCCAGAUGCCAUUGAACUGAACCUCACACACCACCACCACCUGGCACCGUCUUCCAUUCAUCACCCGGCCUCCAACCUGCCCUCCAGCUUGGACUCCAGCCAGUAUGGCUCUUCCAACUUGCAUCUGGGUCUCUCCGCCUUCCGGACUAGGACGGUAGUAGCCCCCCCCCAGGACACUGUAGUUGCCAGCUCAGGGCUCAACUACCCUCCAUAUCCUAGUAGUAGCAACAACAACCCACAGGGUAGUGGCCCCUCUUUGACAGGGCAGCCUCGUAGCAAUCGCCCUGACUCGGAAGAAUCGGUCAUGCUAACGGUGUGUGGCAGCGGACCCCCACAGAGUACGGCUGCGAGCUCUUGAUGAAUCUUGAACAAAUGCAAAAAGCCAUACAAUAUAAUGACGAAACAAACGUGAAACAAGACAAACAGAAGCGGAAGUUUUGUUUGCAUGGGCGGGGGACAUGAAGAGAAUCUUCUCGGGGGAGGAGGAGGAGGAGAGGGGAGUUUAUAGGUUUGUUUUAUUAUAAUUUUUAUUAUUUUUAUUUUAUUUUGUUUUGUUCAAAGAAGGGGGUUGGCGAGAAUUUAGGAAUAAACGUGAAAUGGGUUGGAAUCUGGGUUUCCGAAAGGUGAAUGGAACCUGAUUAUUUUUUCCUGAAGUCUAGGUGUUUAAUUGUAAAUUGUUAAUUUAUUAAUAAUCACUACAUGAGGUAUGCAAGACCUGCGUGUGGGGAGAAACAAACUUAAAGAGGACAAAAGGCAGUGAGUGGGGUUUUUAAUUUUGUUUCAAUUUUAAUUUUUCUUUUUUUUUUUUUUUUUGUUUUUUUGUUUUCGUUUCCUCCAAAAAACAAAAAAGGAAAACAAACUCUGGGACUUCUCCCAUUUUAUUUUAUUGUUUAUUUUCUAUGUUUUAAAAGUUCUUGCUACACACUGGCUUACAUGUAAAGGACGGAGGAAUCUGCCACCAUGAACCGUGUCAAAGGAAAACAAAAAAGAAACAUU